AUGAGCGGGUUCGAUCUUCGUGGACAGCUCGAAGCGAUCAAGAAUGUCGAGACGUACGGGGCUGAUAACGACUACGACACCUCUCGUAUGAGCCAGAAUGAGGUCUACGACGUCCUGAGCCGCGCCGUCGAUUCGAUCUCGCAAGAUUUUUCGAAUGUCGCAGAUGACGAUAACUGGGACAUCUACCGCAGCAUCCUGAAGGGUGUCACGACCUCCCCUCAAAACAUAUUACCGGUGCUUAUGACUGAAGUCCUGGAUUCACUCGUAUCGGCUUUCGCCAAUGCCGUCGAGGACACUCACAGGUCCGUCGACACAUUCGGUCAAGAAGAACUGGGCGAACGCCGUCAAGUCCUUGAGACCUACGCCUUCUUGCUGCAUUGGUUCGUACUUGGUGCGGAGAAGUACAAGGGUGCCGUGGGCACCUCGGACGGCCCGUCUGCCGCGCCGAAAGCGCGAAGAGGAAGGGGAGGGAAGGCCGUUACGGGUGGUCGUGCGAAGAAGACUACAGAGUGGUCAUGGGUGGAUCGGAUUGAGCCCGCACUGGCCCUCAUCGUAAAGGUGCUCAAAAUACGCUCUCAGAAGAUCUGGCCUACGGCCGUCGAUCGAGAUACGUUCCUUCAGGCGCUCAUGAGUCCUGUCUAUUGCACGGUGGAGAAGGAUGCAUCCAUGAAGAUAGGACCCGUCAGAGGCUAUGUCUUCCAGGCAAUCUGUCUUGCUGUAAUGCGCCAUAAUCACAGCACGGCAGCGAAGGAUCAGCUCAUGCAGCUACUGGGCUAUUCUGAACCUAUCGCAGAUCAUAUUGCAGACCUACUCGCGAUGCUUGCGACGGAUCACCAACACACUGCUCUUAGUGAGAGUUUUCUCCGGGAGGUGGCCAAGAAGACGUGGGUUACUGCCGAUAGCACUGGACCCAAGUCCUUCUCGCGCUUCCUCAUACGCUUGGGAGAGAUCGCGCCGCAACUUAUUCUGAAGGAGCUCAAUGCUCUGCAGAAUCAUCUUGACAACGACGCCUAUCAGAUGCGCAACGCGAUCGUCGAAAACUUCGGCGCUAUCAUCCGGAAUCAACUUGAAACGGCCGAGGAUCGAGAGCACGCCCAGAAGACGAUCGACAGCAUGUUCAAGGCUCUCUUGCCGCGUGCAUUAGAUAUGUCUUCAUAUGUUCGCUCUCGGGUUUUCCAAGUUCUUGCCAGGAUCCUGGUUACCGAGCCAAAUGACGUUUUCUCUAAAGAACAGCGCCGUCGUUUCAUGAAACAGCGUGUCAAGAUCACGAUUGAAGCGUGUGUUGCGCUUGAGGACAAGACCGCCACAGUUCGGAAGCAGGCCUUGAUUUGCUUGCGGGCAGCUAUCUUGAUGCAUCCAUAUAUGGCGGUCAAAGAUGAUCUGUCGACGAGUAACGAUCUUCGGCGUGAGGACUACGCGAAGUGUUACAAUAAGGCUCUUGCCGAUGAGAAGGCUCACAAGGCCCAGUUGGCUGCUCUUGCCAGAGAUAAUGGGGCUUUACGACCAGCUCCACCCGCUGCAGAAGACCAGGGCAACAACAUCCAGACCUCGGAGCAGCGUGAGCGACGGAAGUCAAGACGGCGGUCUGGCAACGAUGAGAUGGACGUAGAUCGCGAAGAUGAUGACGACGACGAGACGGACAGCAUCAUGGAUGAGACCGAUAGUAUCAUAUCCGACGAUCUCGACGAAGCGAGGGUCGAGGAAGAAUUGAGGAGAAUCGACCUAUCUGCCUUGGAUGAAGCGCACGAAGCCUUGGCGACUCACGAGAUCAAGUCAAUCCAGCACGCAGAAUUGAUCAAAACCCUAUACAAGGAAGCGCUGUCGUUCAUCGAUACUGUGAAUGAGGCAAUUGUAAUUGCGUGUACCUUACUAGGCAGUAAGCACAAGGUAGAGGUACCUGAAGCUAUCGAGCUUCUUCGCCUAGCACAUAAGAAGAAGAUGUCCUCCGCCGAGAAAGGCAUGCGUGCGAUGGUCCACCUUAUUUGGCAGAAGGACAACAAUGCUCCGCCGACUACUGCCGGCGAGGAGGUUGUGACGACUGGUGGUGUCCGCGCUAAGCUGAUGGAGACAUAUCAAACGACAUACUUAACGCCUCAGGAACAAGUCGGACCUCAUGUUCAUGCGAAGGAGGUCGCUAGGCAAUUGCUCGACUUGACGGAGUGUAUGUCACUCGCAGAAUUGACUUCGUUCGAAGAGCUCCUCCGCCAGAUGAUGGACGAGGGCAGAGUAGACGGAGAUGUCAUGGAGACGCUCUGGCUUUUAUACGAGCGCAACCUCCCGCUAGUACAGCGUCGCGGGGCCAUUAUCCUCCUCGGAAUGUUCGCGCUUUCUAAUCCCUCCAUCAUGCUUAAGAAACAAUCCACUCUUCUCAAGAUUGGUUUGGGCAAGCACGGAAAGGCCGACCUCCGGCUCGCCAAGCAUACCUGCAUAGCUCUCCAGCGCAUGACCGGUUCCAAGAAGAAAGUCAAAGGCUCACUGGAAGAUAACCGCCAACGCUUCGCCAUCUCGAACCCUCUCUUCCGUCGCCUCAUAGAUGCACUCGAGACUCCAACACAUGACCGUGCUUGGUUUGCGUUCGCGGAACAGGCCAUAAACGCGGUGUAUGCACUCGCGGAGAGGCCGGAGAUCGUGGUGGAGAGGGUAGAACAGGACUCGGAUGCAAUGGAACUUGACGACAAAGAAACGCAGACGCCGGACGGCGCUGUGAAUGGCGAACAGGACAUGGCCCCAACGCCUCAACCUCAGGCCGCGACUGGUCCGUCGAAUCCUAGCGCAAUCUCUGGUGGUGAUGCUGGCGAUGCCUUCAGCCUCAGCCAGAUGUUCUUCGUCGUGGGCCACGUCGCGAUGAAGCACAUCGUCCAUCUUGAGCUGAUAGAGCGUGAGAUGAAGCGCCAGAAGCAGGAGCUGGAGCUGGCGGCAAAGCAGGGCGCGAGUCAGCAGGAGAAGGAGGACGAAAUCGAGCAGGUCGCUGGGAACGCGGAGGAUGAUAUUGGGGAACACAUCAAGCAUGUACGCGAGGGGGAGCUAUUGUACGGCGAGCAGUCGCUCCUCAGAGUGUACGGCCCACUGCUAGUCUACGUUUGCGGCUCGCCGCAGAUAUACAAGGACCCGACCCUGCGUGCGGCUGCCACCCUCUCCUUCGCGAAGUUCCUCUGCAUCUCCGGCAAGUUCUGCGAGGAGCACUAUAAGCUUCUUUUCAAGAUCCUUGAGACAUCUCGUGACCCCAACAUCCGCGCAAACCUCGUCAUUGGCAUCGGUGAUCUUGCCGUGUCCUUCGCCACCAUCAUCGAUGAGCGCCUCAACAACCUGUACAUGGGACUGAAUGACGAUGACCUCAUCGUAAAGAAGAACACGCUUAUGGUGCUUACGCACUUGAUCCUAAACGGCAUGAUCAAGGUCAAAGGCCAGCUGGCGGAGAUGGCCAAGUGUACCGAAGACGGGGAACAGCGCGUCAGUGAUCUGGCGAAACUGUUCUUCCACGAGCUGUCAACAAAGGAUAACGCGAUUUACAACAACCUGCCCGACAUGAUCUCGCAUUUGUCGAUAGGUGCAUUCGCGGUAUCUGAGGAGACCUUCCAAAAUACCAUGCGCUUCAUCUUCACCUUCAUUGAGAAGGAACGUCAGGCAGAGAACAUCGUCGAGAAGCUUUGCCAGCGCUUCAAACUCGUGUCUGAACCUCGGCAAUGGCGUGACGUAGCAUUCUGCCUCUCCCUCUUACCCUUCCGGGCCGAGAAGAGUCUGAAGAAGUUGGUUGAUGGUCUACCGUACUAUAAGGACAAGCUAUACGAGGAGGGUGUCUACUCUAGGUUCCUGGAGAUCCUGGCCAAAGCCAAGUCGGCGAAGAAGGCCGAGGCCCAGUCUAUCCAGGAUUUCGAGAAGAUUCUUGAUGACAGUCGGCAGAAGCAUCAGCGAAAGCGUUUUUGGCUGCUAAAACCUUACCGCAAUUAG